AUGGGUUCAAGUAGGCUAGAUCGUCUUGUCACCCUCCUAGAGACAGGGAGCACGCAGGUUAUCAGGAACACCGCGGCCCAGCAGCUGGCAGAUGUCCAGAAACAGCACCCGGAUGAGCUCUUUAACCUGCUGGGACGCAUCCUUCCAUAUCUCCGGUCGAGAUCAUGGGAUACCAGGACAGCUGCCGCCAAGGCUAUCGGUGGCAUAGUCUCCUUCGCGGAGAAGCUGGACCCGAAUUCAGACGAUCCAGCAGAUGAUACCACCCCCAAGGUCGAGGCGAAGAAGGAAGAGAAUGCCAAAGAGCCAGACGAGCUGCUUGACCUCGAAACCUUGGAUAUCGUCUCGGUUCUCAAGUACGGCCAUAAACUGCUUGGCAGUGGUGGUAAAGAAUAUGAAUAUGCAGUUGCCGGCUUAGAUCCUAUUUCUAGGCUGCAGCAACAGAAGAAGACACUGGCAGGCCGACUCGGGCUUGCCGGCGAGUACCUGGAGGAGGAUCUCAUCAAUGAUACCGAAAUGGGUAAUAAUGGCAAUGGCGUACAGCGGAAACCCAGCCAUACUCCCAAACCUCCUCCUGCCUUGGACACUUCAGUUGGCGCAUUCAACCGUCCGCUAAACCAACUAAAUCGUGAUUCGCCGCUAGAGGCCUCCCCCCAUGAUCCCCCUCCAUCUGCCAAUGGCGAUGACCAUGGCCUAAGCAAACGCCAGCUCAACCAGCUGAAGCGGAAGAACAAACAGACCGCCAAGUUGGGCGCCAACAAGAUCCGUAUCGUUGACCUGGCUGUUCGAAAGGGAUCUGAUGCCGUAGCUACACCCACCGAAGUCUCUACUCCACACCCAGUUAAGAAGGAAAACGGCGAAGAAGACCUGGACGCCAAGGACGACUACUUCUCUAUCAAGAGGGAAGGGCCCGAUGAUGAUUCAAAGGUCGUAAAGGAGUUCAAGGGUGCCGCAGUCCCCGAAAAACCAUUCAUCCAAACAGUUUCCUCCGACGGACAAGAUCUAGAAUGGCCGUACGAGCGCAUGUGCGAGAUCUUGAUGGUGGACCUGUUCGACCAUAACUGGGAUGUUCGCCAUGGUGCAGCCAUGGGUCUCCGAGAGGUUAUCCGAGUUCAGGGCCAUGGAGCCGGACGGCAGUAUGGUAAGACGAGAGCGGAGAACGAUAUUUUAAACCAUCGUUGGCUGGGCGAUCUGGCCUGCCGCUUACUCUGCGUCUUCAUGCUGGACCGAUUCGGUGAUUACAUUUCAGAUAACGUUGUAGCGCCGAUUCGAGAGACUGUUGGUCAGACGAUGGGUGCUCUAUUGUCUCAUCUGCCUGACAAAUCAGUCACUCGCGUUUACCAUAUUCUUCAUAGGAUGGUGAUGCAGAACGAUCUUGAUCUCGGAAAACCCAUCUGGGAAGUAUGUCAUGGUGGCAUGAUUGGGUUGAAGUACCUUGUCGCCGUUCGCACGGAUAUUUUAAUGAAAGAAUCUACGGUACUCGACGGUGUUAUUGAAGCUGUAAUGAAGGGGCUGGAUAAUUAUGAUGAUGACGUCCGUGCUGUUAGUGCAGCGACCUUGAUACCCAUUGCCGAUGACUUUGUUAAGCUCCGUGGCGGUUCCCUGGGCGCCUUAAUAGAAGUGGUGUGGAACUGUCUAUCGAACCUGCAGGAUGAUCUUAGCGCCAGUACGGGAUCUGUCAUGGAUCUUCUUGCGAAGCUCUGCACAUUCCCUCAAGUGCUAGAGGCAAUGAAGGCCAAUGCAGUGCACGACUCCAACGCCUCAUUUGGGAAUCUGGUACCAAGGCUAUUCCCGUUCCUCCGUCAUACCAUUUCCAGCGUGCGAUCGGCUGUGCUUAGGGCACUGCUCACCUUCCUAGAAUUGGACACUGAAGGUCAAAACACAUGGGUGGAUGGCAAGGCCAUGAGACUGAUAUUCCAAAACUUACUAGUCGAGCGCAACGAACCGGUUCUCAAGUUAUCACUGCAAGUAUGGUGCGAGAUAUUAAAGGUUGCCGAACACCGCAACUUGAUGAGUGGAGACCAGCUUGUCGGUUCGUUACAGCCUCUGAUUACGGCAACUAUGAAUCCAUUUGGUGUACCCCGAUAUCCAAUUCCCAUGGACGUUUGCCUCUUCAUUCGACCUUCUGGCCUACCUUACUCUUCCGCUCCCUCAGGUCCGAGGCGGCAGUCCCCGAACACUCCUUCUGAGCCUGUACGAGGGCGUCGCCGCAAGGUUGAAAAGCUGGAGCCACCACCAAUUACCUCGCAUAACGUCGAUGGCCACAUGCUGCAAGGUGACAUUGAUUUAGUCGGCAUGGACACUAUGAUUAGAUCGAAAAUCUACGCCGCCUCCGCGCUUGGACGAUUCUUGAAAGUAUGGCAAACUGCCAAUGGCUCGGAUCUGUGGCAGGGCAUAUUACCUUGUUUAAACUGGCCCGGAUCUACGUCUCAAUUGACAGCCGCUAUGGUGGUAGAAGAAUACGCGAAAAACCGUGACCCAGGCUCGCCCUAUCCACCGGUACUGUCCGAAUGGCUGAACCCUCUAAUUGAAAACGAUCGACCAUCGUGGUAUAGCGAUAUUGCUUGCUACUUGCAAAUUUCCAGAUCACAAUGCCACUCUCUGCUUAAUACAUUCCGAGAUCACGCGCACGUCUCACCUUCCAAACUGCCUACUCUUGCUGUGGUUGUUCAAGGAGAACCGGAGGCAGGGCCCAAUGCUUUUGCGAUACGGGAUGCAGAAAAGGUCCUAGGGCCGGACUUCGAACGCCUUAGGAAAGAACUUACCCCGACUCAAAGACUAACAGCACUACAAGUCCUUAAUGACUCUCGCUCAACAGCCCAAGCCACUGUUGAAGAGGCCAAAGAAAUCAAGGAGCAACGAGACAUGCGAAUCCGUGCUGUGAUUGCUAGUUCCCUGGUCUCUCUACAGAAUAUCCCUAAAAAGCCAAGCUAUCUCAUCAAGGCCGUGAUGGACAGUAUCAAGAAGGAGGAGAAUGUCGAACUACAGAGGAGGUCAGCCAGUGCCAUUUCAUCCUUGAUAGAAUAUUAUACUAGCGCCGCCAAACGUGGACCUGUCGACAAGAUCAUUGGCAAUCUCGUCAAAUUCUGCUGCGUCGAUACUUCAGAGACUCCGGAAUUCCAUCACAACGCUCACCUGGAGAAGGCAGUUUUAUCCCUGCGCAAGGAAGAAGAUAAGAGAGAUCCAGUUGAUAGUGUCAAGUUUGAAAGGGAGUCGAAGGAAGCUAGAGUCAUGCGACGUGGUGCAAAGGAAGCGCUGGAGCAGCUGGCGGGUAGAUUUGGACCCAGGUUAUUUGACAAGGUCCCUAAUAUCGCAAGCUUAAUACAGAAUCCUGUCCGAGAGGCUCUCACCGGCGAACUCCCUGCGGAUAUCAGAGACCCAUCCAACACGCUCGGACAAGAAACUGUUGACGGCCUAUCAACUUUGCGAGCUUUGGUUCCAAAAUUCGACCCUGGACUAUACCCCUGGAUUAUCGAACUUAUGCCUAUCAUCGCCAAGUCGUUACAGAGCGAGCUCUCCGUCAUUCGAUACGCUGCAGCGAAGUGCUUUGCCACAUUAUGCAGUGUUAUACCAGUUGAUGGCAUGACUAUGCUUGUUGAGAAGGUAUUGCCUACAAUAAACAACGCAGUGGAUGUCCAUCAUCGACAGGGUGCUAUUGAGUGCAUUUACCACUUGAUUCAUGUCAUGGAAGACCAGAUCCUGCCCUACGUGAUCUUUUUAAUUGUUCCAGUCCUUGGACGUAUGAGUGACUCGGACAACGACGUCCGACUGUUAGCAACAACUGCUUUCGCAACACUGGUCAAACUCGUUCCUCUCGAAGCCGGCAUUCCCGACCCGCCAGGCCUUUCUGAAGACUUGCUCAAAGGUAGGGACCGUGAAAGACAAUUCAUGGCCCAGAUGUUGGACGUACGCAAAGUUGAACCGUUCAAGAUCCCUGUUGGCAUUAAAGCGGAACUUCGAUCAUAUCAGCAAGAAGGUGUCAACUGGCUUGCGUUCUUGAAUCGUUACAACCUCCACGGUAUUCUUUGCGAUGACAUGGGUCUUGGAAAAACGUUACAGACCCUCUGUAUCGUUGCAAGUGAUCACCAUCUUCGCGCAGAGGAAUUCGCCAAAACCCAAGCUCCUGAGGUCCGCCGACUGCCGUCCUUAAUCAUCUGCCCCCCUAGUGUUUCAGGCCAUUGGCAGCAAGAGAUUAAACAAUAUGCACCGUUUAUUUCGUGCGUGGCUUAUAUGGGACCGCCUGGGGAGCGAGCGAAGGUGCGACAGCAACUUGACUCGGUAGAUGUGGUGAUCACCUCAUACGAUAUCUGCAGAAACGACAGCGAAAUCCUGGCCAACAUAUCCUGGAACUAUUGUGUGUUGGACGAAGGGCAUUUGAUCAAGAACCCAAAAGCGAAAAUUACCCUAGCAGUGAAGAGCAUUGUUAGCAACCAUCGCUUGAUCUUGUCUGGAACUCCUAUUCAGAACAAUGUCCUAGAGCUAUGGUCCCUUUUCGAUUUCUUAAUGCCUGGGUUCCUCGGUACAGAAAAGAUAUUUCUCGAACGAUUCGCAAAACCAAUUGCCGCUAGUCGAUUCAGCAAGUCAUCUUCCAAAGAGCAAGAAGCGGGUGCAUUGGCGAUCGAGGCAUUGCACAAGCAGGUUCUUCCAUUCUUACUACGUCGUCUGAAGGAAGAAGUUUUGAACGAUCUUCCACCGAAGAUUUUGCAGAAUUAUUACUGUGACCUAAGUGAUCUCCAGCGUAAAUUAUUCGAAGAUUUUACGCACAAGGAACAGAAAGACAUCGCCAAUAAGGUUGGCAGUAGCGAAAAGGAAGCCAAAGAACACAUCUUCCAAGCUUUGCAAUACAUGAGACGACUUUGCAAUUCGCCAGCUUUAGUGAUGAAAGAGGGACAUAAACAAUAUCACCAAGUCCAAAAACUUCUUGCAUCCAAGAACUCCAACAUUCGGGAUAUUGCUCAUGCUCCAAAACUUAGCGCGCUUCGCGAUUUACUGAUCGAUUGCGGUAUUGGGGCCGACCCUUCGGCUGAGGGAGAAUUAGCCACAGGCGCAAGUUACGUUAGCCCUCAUCGAGCCCUGAUUUUCUGUCAAAUGAAGGAGAUGCUUGAUAUUGUGCAGAACGAUGUGCUUAGAAAGCUACUUCCGUCUGUCCAAUUCCUUCGUCUCGAUGGAAGUGUGGAAGCAACGAAACGACAAAAUAUUGUGAAUCAGUUCAAUACUGACCCCAGCUACGACGUUCUUCUUCUUACUACAAGCGUUGGCGGUCUUGGACUCAACUUGACUGGUGCCGAUACUGUCAUCUUCGUUGAGCACGACUGGAAUCCGCAGAAGGAUAUUCAAGCUAUGGACCGCGCUCACCGAAUCGGUCAAAAGAAGGUCGUCAAUGUCUAUCGGUUGAUUACUCGCGGUACCCUUGAAGAAAAGAUUCUAAACCUACAACGCUUCAAGAUCGACGUCGCCUCAACUGUAGUUAAUCAACAAAACGCGGGCCUAAGCACCAUGGAUACCGAUCAGCUUCUCGACCUCUUCAAUCUAGGCGAAACCGCGGACACGGCCGAAAAACCAACGCAGGAUGGAACCGGCAACGAAAUCGACAUGGUCGACAUUGAUGGUGAAGUCAAAGAAAAAGGAAAGAAAGGCUGGCUUGACGAUUUGGGCGAAUUAUGGGAUGAUCGCCAGUAUGAGGAAGAAUAUAACCUCGAUUCUUUCUUGGCUUCUAUGAAGCGUUAA